AUGGAAUCUUUAAAUGUUGUGAUCAAUGAUGCAGUAUGUUCAGAAGCACAUUCAGAAAACACUGCUUCGGUUCAAGAUAAGUCUAUGGAGGUUGUUGACUCACUUCCUGUUGAUUAUGUGGGGAAGUAUAGUGAUGAAGAGUUGAUGGUGCUAAAUGAUGCAGUUUCUGUGCCAUCAAUUCUAGAACCAUCCAAACCGGCUCAUGAGACUCAACAAGCACAACAUGAGUUUAGUCCUUCAUCAGAACAAAAAGAUGAAAUGGAGACAAUGUUUGAAAUGAGUGUGGUUGGUGAACUAAUUUAUUUCUUGGGAUCGCAGGUGAAGCAAAUAGACUCGAGAAUCUACAUCAACCAAGCAAAGUAUGCAAGAAAUCUAGUCAAGAGAUUUGGACUGGACAAGGCUGCUCAUGUUAGAACACCAAUGGCUUUAAAUGCAAAAUUAACAAAUGAUCUAUCACGUGAGUUUGUUGAUGUUACAUUAUAUAGAAGCAUGAUUGGAUGUCUUUUGUAUUUAAGUGCUAGUCGACCUGAUAUUGCCUUUAAUAUUGGUGUCUAUUCUAGAUUUCAAUCUAAUCCUAAAGUUUCACAUUUGAAUGCUGUAAAAAGAAUCCUAAAAUAUGUUGGUGGAACUUGUGAUUAUGGAUUAUUUUAUAGCAAAGAGUCUAAUCUAUCUCUUGCGGGUUUUUCUGAUACUGAUUGGGUUGGUAAUGUUGAUGAUAGAAAAAGCACCAUUGCUGUUGGAAGUGCUGAAACAGAAUUGAAACAGUUGAAAACAAAAAUAAGCCACUGUGAGAAGGAGCUGAAAGAGAAAAGACGUCAGUUAAUGUCAAAACGUGAAGAAGCUGUUUCUGUAGAGAAAGAGCUUAAGGCUAGAACAAGUGAUGUGGAAAAUGUUAAGAAGGCAUUAGAGUCUCUUCCAUAUAAAGAGGGACAGAUGGAGGCAUUACAAAAGGAUCGUGCAUCUGAGUUGGAGCUGGUGCAGAAGUUGAAGGAUGAAAUACGCAAUCUGUCAGCACAAUUAGCAAAUGUUGAGUUCACAUAUCGUGACCCUAUGAGGAAUUUUGAUAGGUCAAAGGUAAAAGGUGUGGUGGCAAAGCUUAUCAAAGUAAGGGAUAGCUCCACGAUGACUGCCUUAGAGGUUACUGCUGGUGGAAAGUUGUUUAAUGUUGUUGUAGACACAGAAAAUACUGGGAAACAACUGCUUCAGAAUGGUGAUCUUCGAAGAAGAGUGACAAUUAUACCUUUGAACAAAAUACAAUCCCACGUUGUUCCCCCAAGGGUUCAACAUUCUGCUGUUAGAUUGGUAGGCAAUGAUAAUGCAGAACUGGCUCUUUCCUUGGUUGGUUAUGAAGAGGAGUUGAAGACUGCUAUGGAAUAUGUAUUUGGUUCAACCUUUGUUUGCAAGACCGUUGAUGCUGCAAAGGAGGUUGCUUUUAAUAGGGAAAUUCGCACCCGAAGUGUCACUCUUGAAGGGGAUAUAUUUCAGCCAAGUGGUCUUUUGACUGGUGGAAGCCGCAAGGGUGGUGGUGAUUUGUUAAGGCAACUUCAUCAUUUGGCAGAGGCUGAAUCAAAACUUUAUUCACAUCAGAAAAUGUUGUCUGAAAUUGAAGCACAGAUUGCACAACUCAUGCCUCUUCAGAAAAAGUUCACCGGCCUUAAAACACAGUUGGAGCUUAAAUCAUAUGACCUUUCUUUAUUUCAGGGCAGGGCUGAGCAAAAUGAGCAUCAUAAGCUUGGUGAAUUAGUGAAGAAAAUCGAGUUGGAGCUUGAAGAAGCAAAAUCUGCGGCUAAGGAAAAGCAACUUGUAUAUGAAAACUGUGUAAAUACAGUUUCAUUGCUUGAGAAAUCUAUCAAAGAACAUGGUGAUAAUCGGGAGGGCAGGCUCAAGGAUUUGGAGAAAAAGAUUAAGGCAGUAAAAGCUCAAAUGCAGUCAUCUUCAAAAGCUGUAAAGGGGCAUGAAAAUGAAAAGGAGAGACUUGUUAUGGAAAUGGAAGCUGUUGUACAGGAACGUGCCUCCUUGGAGGCUCAACUAGUUUCUUUGAGAACACAAAUUGACAGUCUCACUGCUGAAUUAGAGGAACAAAAAGCCAAGGUUGCUGCCACUAGGAAUAAUCAUGAUCAAGCUCAAUCCAAACUCAAUUUGAUUCGACAGAAGAUGAAGGAAUGUGAUUCCCAAAUUAGUUGUAUUCUUAAAGACCAGCAGAAACUUCAACAUAAACUUAGUGAGACUAAUCUUGAGAGGAAGAAGAUGGAAAAUGAGGUCAAACGAAUGGAGAUGGAACAGAAAGAUUGCUCUACAAAGGUAGACAAGCUUAUUGAGAAGCAUGCUUGGAUUGCACCUGAGAAACAGCUAUUUGGAAGAAGUGGGACUGAUUAUGAUUUUGCAUCUCGUGAUCCUAUUAAGGCAAGGGAAGAACUUGAGAGACUGCAGGUGGAACAAUCUGGCCUUGAGAAAAGGGUGAACAAGAAAGUUAUGGCAAUGUUUGAGAAAGCAGAAGAUGAGUACAAUGACUUGAUGUCCAAGAAAAACAUCAUUGAGAAUGACAAGUCCAAAAUCAAGAAGGUCAUUGAAGAGCUAGAUGAGAAGAAGAAGGAAACACUAAAAGUUACUUGGGUAAAAGUUAACACUGACUUUGGAUCCAUCUUUUCUACCCUAUUGCCUGGAACCAUGGCAAAACUAGAGCCUCCUGAAGGAUGCAGCUUCCUUGAUGGUCUUGAGGUUCGUGUUGCAUUUGGAUCUGUUUGGAAACAAUCCCUGUCAGAACUCAGUGGAGGCCAACGAUCUCUACUUGCACUUUCUCUAAUCUUGGCACUGCUACUCUUUAAACCAGCUCCGCUUUACAUAUUGGAUGAGGUUGAUGCAGCUCUUGAUCUAAGCCACACGCAGAACAUAGGGAGAAUGAUAAAAACUCACUUUCCACACUCCCAGUUUAUUGUGGUCUCAUUGAAAGAAGGCAUGUUCAAUAAUGCUAAUGUUCUUUUCCGAACAAAAUUUGUGGACGGUGUUUCUACUGUUCAAAGGACAGUUGCAGCUAAAUAGAGAAAGUGAUUGCUGUUGUCUUAGCAUUUAAUUCUACUACCUCUUUAAUCCAGCCCGAUGAAGUUUGUUACUGC